AUGGCGGCAACCGACCCCCCGCGGGCUGUUGAUCUAGUACGGACGGCAUCCCAGAGCUCGACCAUGUCGAACCCGAGAAACCGCAGCAUCCAGCGCGUGCGCCCCUCCAAGCGCAGUUCCAACACGUCUCUGAGCCGAAGUCGCAGCAGAGCACCCUCUCCCGAAGUCGACACCAAAAGCCUCACCUCGUUCCCCUCACUGUCGCCUAGUCCGGACACGUCCCCGGCCCAGUCGCGCAUGAAUGGCUGGUUCCGCUCUACACCUGCGCCCGAGGACGGCGUCAGGAGUGCAGAGAACAAGACGGUUGCAUCGCCGGACACGGUCAAGGCCAUCCCCCCGCCAGACCUCAGCAAGAACACAACCCCCGUGUCUACCGUCAGGAAGGUCACCAAGUCGACGCAGCAGAUAGUGGGCAGCCUGGUCGCCGCCUCGUCUGCCAGAGAUCGCUCAGCACUCUUCGACGACACGCCCACCGAGUCGACCAAAGUACCUGGCAAUCUACACUUCGCGAGCGACGACAACAUACAGGAUGCGCUGCGACAGACGGGCGCCGUGGCACUGGUCAAGCAGCUCGCUGGAGACCUGGCACAACGCGAUGCGCAGAUCACGGCCCUACGAAGAAGAGCUGAGGAGCGCGAGCGCAUGCUGAGGAAGAUGCUGCAGGAGUGCGAAGUAUCCAACAUGGACAUUGAGAACCGACUGCGCGAGUUGGAGAAGAGCAAGGACCAAGAUAACGGCCUCACCAAGACGAGGACGAGGGGCGAUAGCGCAGCGACUGGAUUACACCCUGACGACCCUAUGGAGGACAGGCUAGCCAGAGCCAUGGAAGACGAGCUAGCUGAGCAUCCCGAUGCUCUGGGCAUGGACACGGGCACUGCAGCGCCACAAGCCGAAGUCAUGUCCAUCAACUCGGUUGCGUCCGACGCGCCACGCGAUACAAGCAAACCAAACUGGAAGGACUACAUUUGGACAGGGACCAGCAGGAAGAGUAGCCGAGCCCCCUCUGUGGCGAGCAUGAUGGACAGAGAAGCAGAACGUCUGGGCCACACGCGGUCGCGCGCAUCUAGCGGAGCAAAGCCACCACGAAAGGGCCUUGCGAGCGAUCUUUUCGUACCUCCAAACGGUGCGGUGCCCGCACUGCGUCGACUCAACAGCCAAGAACAUGCUACAGACGCAUCGGCCCGUAGAUCUUCGUCGACGUCACUAGCAAGUUGGGCACUGAAGAUGGUUGCAGGCAACAACUCUGCAAGCCCCAACAAGGCCAAUACGGUGCGAGGCCGUAAACCCACCGUUUCAGAUGCUGUAGACCGUGCGCCUUCCAUGGACUCGACCAAAACUGCGCAGUCAGCAAAGUCGUCUCUUGCAAGCACACAACGACGAGGCCGUGCCUUGGGCCCCAACGGAACAAUCAAAAGCACCACGAUAGAACAGCCCAAGAGUAUAUCCAACGGCCUCGGUCCGACUCAACCCACCCGUGGAAUGAGCAAUCUAGGGCCUGUAGAAAUGGACCGAAUUUUGCCUGAGGACUCACGCCCCCCAACACUAGUACAGCAGCACAACAGAUUCAUCGGCAGCAGCGAGUAUUUGACUGAUAGAUUCGGUUUCAUCUAUGACCAGCGCCGCAAGAAGAGGCAGAGUGAGGCAGCAGCCGAGCUGAUCAAGCAGAAGCGAAGCAGCAAUGUCGAAUCACUGGGCGAUGGCAGAACUGCACUGAACAACCUCGCUAUGGACGAGGAACACGGGAAUCUUAGCUCCGCUCCUGUCGACCAGAAUGACGGCAUUACACGCCCAUCUAGCUCUGAUUCCGACAACCAACAGAGUCAGCCAGCUAGCAAGACCUGGGCCGACUACCUGAAGCUGGCCACACACCCAACUGAGCUACUCUCUCACACUCCAUCUGCGGCACCCAUCACCACAGUAGAGUCUGCUGAAGGCGAGACCUCUUCUUUCAAGAUUGGCCAGAACCAGAUCACUUUGAUGAAGCGAGGAUCCGUACCAACAGCAAGCGUCAAUCCGGAACCAUCACCAUCACGCAUAGUAUCCGGCAAUGCAGAACUUUCCGUCACAAGCACCUCGCCAGGCCCAUCAACGCCUAUCAGCCAGUAUCCGCCCCAGCUUGACCCCGUCCAGUCCUUACUAGAGCAGAUGAGUGAGCUACACGACAAUCUUCAGAGGGAAAGGACUGUCAAGUGGAACGACUUCUUGCGUAAAGUGCGUGCGCAAAACAAGCGUGAAGGUGACUUCGCUAGCACCGGCGAGAAUGGCAAAGCCAAUGCAAUGCCUGAACAAUUCCUUGCUGAUGGUGAGUUGGUAGGCAUCGCAGGCUUGGGUAACAAAGGCAAAAUCGGCCGUGCCAAGUGGCUGGAAUUCCGUCGCCUUGUUCUAGGUGGUAUCCCAGUCAAUAUGAGAGCCGCGAUUUGGGCAGAGGGAAGCGGUGCACUGCAUCUGCGCAUGCCAGGCUACUACGAAGACUUGGUGAACAACGGCGAAGACGACCCUACCAUUGCAACGCAGAUCCAAAUGGACAUAACCCGCACACUUACCGACAACAUCUUCUUCCGCACAGGUCCUGGCGUACAGAAGCUCCAGGAAGUAUUGCUCGCCUACUCUCGCCGCAAUCCGGAGGUUGGCUACUGUCAGGGUAUGAAUCUGAUCGCUGCAUGUCUUCUGCUCAUUAUGCCUACACCGGAAGAUGCGUUCUGGGUGCUCACUGCGAUGAUUGAGGAAAUACUACCUCAACAUUACUACGACCAGCACCUUCUUACUUCCCGCGCCGAUCAGUCCGUCCUCCGCUCCUACGUCAGUGAAAUUCUACCUAGACUCUCUGCUCAUCUUGACGAGCUAGAGAUCGAGCUCGAGGCCUUGACUUUCCAAUGGUUCCUAUCCGUCUUUACAGACUGUUUAUCCGCCGAAGCACUUUUCCGCGUUUGGGACGUCGUCCUCUGCAUGCAUGACGGAUCAACCUUCCUUUUCCAGAUUGCACUCGCACUGCUCAAAUUGAACGAAAAGGCGCUCCUGCAAUGCGAUACCCCAGCUGGCGUAUACCACUACAUCAACCACCAGAUGACCAACCACGCCAUCAGUAUCGACGGUCUCAUCCAAGCAUCAGACGCUCUCGGAAAAGUCAUCAAGCGCAAGGACGUCGAAGAACGCCGUGCGAAAGCCGUCGCUCACGAACAAGAGCUCGUGCGACAAAGAGAAGAGGCUCGACAGGAGCGUGCGAAAAAGCGCGCUAGCAAGGCUUCUACUGAUAGCAUGCCGCUACCUUCGCAACCAGAAGAAGAUGCCAAGUCCCUCUCGACUAGUCUCGACGCUGAGUUGUCGAUGCAGACGAGUCCUAUGCGCACGCCACUUAGCAGCGCGAGUAAGCGAACUGAGGAGGAAGAGGACGCGGAGUUUAUGAACCAGAGCCUUGAACUGACAAAUCGCACGCCGAUGCCCAUGGACGAGGAGUUCAUGUGGCGCGGCUAG